GGUUGAAGGCGUCAAGGGCAUUUGAUAUUGGUGCAAUUAGGGGCCUAACAACCUACCCAAAUGCUCAUUCAAUACCACAUGAAUUUCGCCGAAUUAGAAAAGGAGAAAUUGGGAUUGGAAUGCUUCCAAUUACUCAACACUUUGAUCCAUUGGUUUGUGGCCCUUCCAACGCACUUAUUAUCAGGAGAUAAGUUCCCACAUGAUCCAAAACACAUCAAACAGAUGACCUUAGAGAUAAUAAAGGACUUCCCUUCAAACAUACAUGAAACAAUAGAAUUGUCGGACUUGGAUUCUCUGUCCACCGCGCACUUGAGGUAUCGUGCACCAUGGGAAUUGCUCCUUGGGAGCAUGCAUAAAGGGACGAUUACUAUUGCGGGGGACGCAAUGCACGUGAUGGGCCCUUUCGUAGGGCAGGGUGGCGCCUCCGGGCUAGAAGACGCGGUGGUUCUAGGGAGAUGUCUUAGCAUGACAAUGAGUGGGAUUGAAGGAAACAGCAAGAAGGAAAAGAUUGCGAGAAUGGAAGCCGGGUUGGAUCAAUAUGUGAAGGAAAGGAGAAUGCGGUUUUGGGAUUGUCCACUCUCACUUAUCUCAUUGGUGUCAUUGUGGGGAGCACAUCCCCACUCAGAAAGAUGGUUGCUGGCUUUACCUUAGCUAUUCUGUUUAGGGAUAGAGCAUCCCAUGCUCUUUUUGAUUGUGGUCAGCUCUAAUGGAUAUAUCUUGCCUCAAAUACUGCCUACUAAAUCACUAAAUUAAGCUCGUGCGGGCUUAAUGCGUAUAUCUUAAUGGAUGGGCUAGGUGUACUACAAUAUAAUAUUAUAAA